CGCGCGCUGACUGCGCUUUUUAUCUCAAGAUGGCGGCCGCCACGUCCUCUGAAAGAGUUGGAGGAUCAGUCGAAAAUUUGACAGAAAUAAGUGAAAUCCAAACUGCUCUUGUGAAACUCUCAAAGGAAGAGCAAUCAGUUACAGAUGAAAUUGAUAUGUUACUGGAUCAUCAUGGCCAUCUUGAGGCUAAAAUGAACUCCUUGCAUAGAAUGGGUCCCAACUUACAGCAUGUGUCAUUGGAUGCCAAAAAGCUUAGUGGAAUGAUAGGUUGCACUUCAGAGCUAGCAGAGAAUGUUAGCAGUAAAGUCAGACAGCUUGAUCUAGCCAAGAGUCGAGUCCAAAGUGCCAUUCAGAGAGUCAAUGAUAUCUUAGAUUUAAAGUUUUGUACAGAUGGAGUUCAGACAGCUUUACAAUCCGAGGACUAUGAAAAGGCAGCUGGCCACAUCCAUCGCUAUCUCACCCUAGAUGAGAAGGUCCUCAAACAGGCAUUAACAGAUGCAAGGGAAGGAAGCAGCAUCGAUGCAUCCCUCAAGGUACUUCAUGAAGGAGAACAGAACCUGAAGGCAUUGGUUAGGAAGAAGCUAGACCAAGCCAUCAGUUCCUCCGACAGACCCUCUGUAGAACGCUUCUUCAAGAUCUUUCCUUUGCUGAAUCUUCAUGAGGAAGGCCUGACCAAGUUUUCUACUUAUUUACAGGCUCAGAUUGUGAGUAAUGCAAGGGAACACCUUGAAAUAGCAUCUAGUGUUGAUAGCUCUGAUAGAAGAGCUGGUGUAUUGUAUGCAGAUGCUCUGACAAACCUCUUUGAAGAUGUAGGCAAGAUCAUUGAAGUCCAUCAACCACUUGUGGAAACAUAUUAUGGUCCUGGCAAAUUAUUAACAUUGAUAGAGUCUCUUCAGAAGGAAUGUGAUAAGCAAGCCCAGAAGAUUAUCAAUAAGUUUGUAGAACAGAGAGAGUUUAGUAGGAAGUCGCAGCAGGUUCAACAAAGCUUCAACAGGACAACCUACAAGUCUUCAAAUGUCCAUGACAAGUUAGACCCUAGAGAUCUUGAUGUGUUACUUGCAGAGUGUACCUUACUGAAUGCAAGGACAGAGCUCUACCUUAGAUUCAUCAGGAGGAGAGUUUCAAGUGACAUUGAGGUUUGUGACGAGGAUGGCCCUGUCAAGGAAGAGAGACUAUCUUGCCUGGAACGUAUGCUACGUGACUGCACACUCAGUAGACGGAUGCAGGAGAUCAUUGGUAGCUACAUCGUCAUGGAGGAAUACUUCAUGAGAGAAACAGUUAUGAAGGCAGUGAAUAUGGAUAUAAUAGAGCCAGGUACGCAUACAUCAAGUAUGGUGGAUGAUAUCUUCUUCAUUCUCAAGAAGUGUACAAGGAGAGCUGUAUCCAGUGGGAGUGUAGACUGUGCGUGUGCAAUGUUGAACCACACUAGUACGUUACUAGAGAGUGACUACCGAGAUGUUUUGUAUGGCAAGUUGAGGGCGGGCUUCCCAUCGGGGUCCUUUGACGUCGGUCAGGCGUACAGUAUGCUUCAGCAGGGUCGGCUUCCAACGUCAGCCUCAGAUACAAAUGCUGCAAAACUAGAAUUUCUGACCACCUUGAACAAUGUAGAAGUGAGUAUAGAGUACACACAAACUCUCAAGAAGAGUCUGGUAGAGGAAUGUGCAAGUCUAGUCAACCAGAAUGGUGGAAUGAGCAAAGAUAAGCUGGAUAUGUGCCUUAAUGAACUCACAACACAUACACACAAAUUCAAAGAUGUUCUUGAGUAUGGUCUAAGUCAACUCAAUACCAGUGCCAUCAAACCAAGAAUCAAACCCAUGGUAGAUGUCUUCCUAUCAACGAGUCAUAACAUUAGUGAAGAGGAGUUCUCUAACUACGAAGCCAAUGAUCCUUUUGUACAGGAUUUCAUCCUGAACCUUGAACAGCUGCUCAAUGAAUUCAAAGAUCUUCUAACAUCCAGUAACUAUGAUGCCUUGGUCAGCCUCUUGACAAAUGAAGUCACUGUGCAGCUAGAGAAAGCUGUUCUUAAAUCAGUCUUUAACAGGCUUGGUGGUCUUCAGUUUGACAAGGAGUUGAGGUCACUGGUGGGUUACCUGACCUCAGUCACCCAGUGGACGAUAAGAGACAAGUUUGCCCGGCUGACACAGAUGGCUACCAUCUUGAACCUAGAUAGGGUGACUGAGAUUUUGGAUUACUGGGGAUCAAACUCAGGUCCUUUGACCUGGAGGUUGACCCCUGCAGAGGUCAGACAAGUGCUUUCAUUAAGGUUAGACUUCCGAUCUGAAGAUAUCAAGAGGUUAAAACUAUGAUGAGCUGAACGCCAUAUUACUUUAUAAAAGGAUGGUAAAAAUAUAUUUUUCGUCUACAAGACUUCAGAAUAAUAAUUACCCAGGAGUGUCAAUAUCCAUUUGCCAUUAAAUGCGCUGCGAUAUGUAAGAAGAAUAAUGAAUGUUGAGUAACGAUAGUGCAAAUUAAUGACUCUGUUGGUUCAAAUGGAAUAUCAUGGGUUUUGUUUUCAGGAAAUCAUGUUAACAGACGGGUCCAACGGCCACCGAUCAAAAUAGGAUUUUUAGAGAGGGUUAUGUUCCAAUUAUCAGAGUGGUGUAUAAGGCAAGUGGUGUCAGUAGAAAAUGUUUCCAAUUGGUCAGGUAUUCCAAGCAUUUCCUUCCAUUGAUUUCAUGGACAGAGGGACACUUAACAUCCUUAUGGUUGCCGUUUGGCAGUACACUUCCGGCUGUCAACUAGAGCACGAAUAUGCAUGGCCCCACUCUGCCAAUAUUCCAUGAUAUGUCUGCAUGGGCAGUGAAAGGUCAUUCGAGAUAAACCAGUGAAGGGGUCUUAAAAUUCUAAAGUAUUCCUUUCUGUUUUCAUCACAUCCAAGCUGAAGAGUAAUUAAGUUUUCAUUGGUAUUUGACCGCAGCCCAAACAAUACUCAAUGUGCCAAAAGCGGACAAUACAACAAACCUUUUCCAAAUUUGAUCGCAGACAUUAUUCUUGUCACCUGGGCCCCAUAACACGUAGGUUAGCAAUUAAUCGCUAGAUGAAAUGGCCUAUCAUGAUCAUCGUUGCAUGCGCAUUUUGCUCAGUAGACUGACUAGGAACUAAUCAGAAGUGUUCUUUCCAAUUAGCGAUUAAUAGCUAACCUUUGUGUAACGGGGUCCUGGUCUGUGUCAUGCCUAUCUUUUGUAGAAUUUGAAUACUUUGCCGGGAAAGCUUACACAACAUCUGCAAUAUUUAAGAGUUAGUGCUCAUCCUAAUGAAAAUGGGAAAGGUCAUUUGAGAAAAGUUGAUCAUGAGCUGACUGCGAAUUGGCUUAUUUAGCUUUGACAAUCUGUGAUAUUAUUUAAGAUCAUACAAGUCGAUUAGUUUGUACAAUUCAUUUUAUAAUGUUAUUGCAUAGCUUAUUUAUUACAAAUAUAUGCUUAGCUUUUUUUUAUCAGGAAGAUGCAAAAAGAGAUAAAAAUAUCUGAACAGAUAAUCCAUUAGAAUGGUGAUUAUGAAUAAUCGAUUUUAUAUGACACCUAGAUAGAUCCUUGUCAUUUCAUUGGUUGUUUGAUGUCGAUCAUUCAGCCCAUUUUACAAUUACGUCAUCAUGCGAGCAAUUUUUGAUCCAUUCAUCUUGCAAUUUUUUAUCCAAAUGAUUAUGUCCAUUGUACACUCGUCGAGACCACUGGCGCUACACGUAAAAACACAGUGGGCGUGUUGUAUGUAUGAGAGAAUCGAUAGACGGCGCUCGCACUGAAUGCACUUUUGCAUUCAAAUUUAUAAAUGACUAGGAAUCUCUUUUAGGUCUCAUAUAAUACGAAUAAUUGAUGUUCUUUCAUUCGUGCAGUGGAAGAUGAAAUGCAUGAUCCAUUCAACAAGGUAUAGCCGAGUUGAAUGGAUAAUUUCAUCUUUAACCUCAUGAAGUAUUCUGUCCAAUGCACUCAUAAACAUUCAUUAUUUGUAUAAUGAAUAAUCGUUGAUAAACAUAACAUCCUCUGGUUAUGCUUGUGCUAAGCUUAUUGCAAUGAUAUAAUUCAUAUUUGUACAAUAUAAAUGGAAACUCGCUUCAUAAAAAAGGAACUGUGUUACAAAUAUUUUGUUGUAAGGAAGGAUCUUAGAUCUGUAAAAACAGGUUUUUGGGGGCAAAUAGGAAGAAGAAUGAAGAAUUUGAUAUCAGGUAUCUUAAUAACAUACAUUUUUUGUAUUAUCAGAGAUUCACCCAGUCUAUUUUAUCCUACUGACUAUUAAGAAGGGGUCUGAUGUAUUUUAUUUCACUUUUCAAUAAUCAAACAUUCUUAGGUUGUAUGAAGAGUCACUUCACUUAUCAAGAACCAACAUCAUUAGGUCUGGUUAGCACCAGAGUUUUAGAUUAAAAUUGAGACAUGUUUAGUAGGAAAACUUGUAUUCAUGGGGAAGGUGAAGGCACGAUAGCUGAGUUUAAAGUUUUCUUGGAAAUGGAUAUGAAAUUAGGUCUAGCCUACUCUGACUUAGAAAAUUAAGCUGAAAAAAUAAAUUUAGUAAUAAUUUCAUCAAGGCAUUUGGAUGUAGGGCACUUAGAAAUUUCUUACUUGAAUUUUAUGAAAAUUGCCAAAAUCAUAAUUUGAAAGCAAAUAACUUUUUUAUGGACUAGAAAACAAAGUAUUUUCUUGAAUGUUCCAUAUACUUACUUAAUGGAACUGCUCUAAAAAUAAAUGUUACAAAUUUUGAAGUUGGCCUUGAUUCAUGAAAAUCUGCCUACACAUGGAAUAUUACAAAUUGUCAUUUUCCUUUCUUGAGGAUAGAUUCUUAAUUCACAUCAAUAGAUUUAACACAAGCUCAACUCACUUGCACACAGCCCAUGUUGUGUCCAUCACACUUACACAAAACAAUGUCAUAUAUUUUUCAAACGGCUGUAUUUUUCAGUUUGUUUCGAUGAACAUUCUAUUAUUUGUGAAUGUUGGUCAUGAAUAUGGGAAAGAUGGAUAAUAACUUUGGCAUUCCAUAACAUCCACAUUUGAAUCUAUAUUCAAUCCAAACUUAUGUGUAUCAUGUAUGAAUUCAAAUGAAAUAUUGUUUUAUGUAUAUGUGGUAUUUCUUUUGUACAUAUUAAAUGGAAUAGAACUUUA